AUGUCGUCGCAGUGGACGUGCACCCCGAGAGUGUUUCCCACGGGAUUCAAGUUGCUUGACCAGUCCAUCAAGCUUGAGGAGGAGACACUACCAAAUUACCAACCCAAAAAAUACUACCCAGUCAAUCAGGGUGAAAUAUUCAAUGAUCGGUAUCAAACACUUGCCAAAAUAGGAUACGGAGUAACCUCGACAGUUUGGCUUGCGAAAGACUUGAAGUAUCAUGAGACCAGUGCAUCAACAUAUGUCGUUCUAAAAGUUUAUGUGAACCAAAACCGAGAUGAGCAAGAGCUGCACAUCUACAAACACAUGAAUUUGGUGGAAACAAAACAUCCUGGCAGACACUUUAUUCGCAAACUCCUCGACCAUUUUUAUAUCCAAGGCCCUCAUGGCCGUCACAUCUGUCUUGUUCACGAGCCUCUCGGAAUGAGUGCAGAUGCUCUGCUGAAGAUGUCUCCUGGGCACGUAAUGACCCUUGAUGACAUGAAGCCUGGUAUUCGACAGCUACUUGUCGCAUUGGAUUUCCUUCACUCGGAGUGUCAUAUCAUUCAUACUGACCUUCAGCUGAAGAACUUACUACUUCCCGGACCAGAGACAAGCUAUCUUUCCCGAUUCGAAGAAGCUGAAGUUACAGACCCAUCACCUAGAAAGAUGCUCAAAGACCGAACAAUCUACAAGACUUUAGGUUUCCUUCCAAGAGGUGGGCUGCCAAUUCUCACUGAUUUUGGGGAAGCUCGAUUGGGCGACGAAGAGCAUGACGAUGAUAUCAUGCCAAAUGUUUAUAGAGCUCCUGAAGUGAUUUUAAGAUCGAACUGGAGUUACAAGGUGGAUAUAUGGAAUGUUGCCAUGGUCGCCUGGGACAUCGUCAGCUCUCGCACCCUUGUCAAUGGCAAAAACCAAAAUGGCAUAUUUGAUGACCGGGUCCAUAUGGCAGAACUGGUUGCCGUGCUAGGCCCUCCGCCACCUGAAUUCCGGGAACAGAGACACCUCAGUUCCGUCUUCUGGGAUGAGUUGGGCAACUGGAAGGAAGUAGUCCCAAUUCCUGAUAUUACCCUUGAGAACCUCGCCGAGAAGGUUGAAGGGGAAGACAAAUAA